UUGAGUUCUAGAAAACUUUUACGAGGAAAGCUUUGAAUUGAAAUUACUAAAGACACGAUUUUGCGAUUAUGGGAGAUAGGUUAAAGGAAAUCAGAGAGAGAUCAAAGCUGAGAAGGCAAUUAUUAGCCCAGCAGCUUGGAGCAUCUGGUGCAGAUAGUAUUGGGGAACUACUUGGUAGCAAAAGUGAACUAGAGCAGAAAAAAUUACAAUCAAAGGCUGAGCCUACAGAUCAGAAUGACAGCAGUCAACCUCCAGCGAAACGAAAAGCCGAAGAAUGCAGCGAAUUGCCAGGAAUUCGUGCUGGACCAGUAAAGGUUGUGCAGUCAAAGGAUGUUGAGGAAGAGGGUGUUGAUGAUGAAUAUGAAACUGUGGAAGAGGAGUACAAAGACUCUAGUCAUUUUCUAAAGGGAACCCAGAGUGCAAAUCCACAUAACGACUACUGUCAACAUUUUGUUGAUACUGGACAAAGACCUCAUAACUUUAUCAGAGAUGUUGGUCUAGCUGAUAGAUUUGAAGAAUAUCCUAAAUUACGAGAGCUUAUCAGACUUAAAGAUGAGAUAAUCGCUAAAAGAGCUACACCUCCAAUGUAUCUGAGGGCUGACCUUAUGACUUAUGAUGUUGCUGAACUGGACUGCAAGUUUGACGUGAUUUUAAUUGACCCCCCUCUAGAGGAAUACCAGAGAAGAGAUGCUGGAGUCUCAUUUAACUGGAAACCUUGGAGCUGGGAUGAGAUAAUGAAACUGGACGUAGAGGAGGUAGCUGCACAACGGUCUUUUAUCUUUCUAUGGUGUGGCUCCCAUGAGGGACUGACUGAAGGUAGAAAGUGUUUAAAGAAGUGGGGGUUUCGUCGCUGCGAGGACAUAUGUUGGAUCAAAACGAAUAAAACCAACCCAGGGAAUGUCAAGUAUCUCGAACCUAAUGCGAUAUUUCAGCACACAAAAGAACACUGUUUAAUGGGUAUUAAAGGGACAGUUAGAAGAAGUACAGAUGGUGACUUUAUACAUGCGAAUGUUGAUAUUGAUCUUAUUAUUACAGAAGAGCCACCCGGAGGAAGCUUAGAAAAACCAACGGAAAUAUUUCACAUUGCUGAACAUUUUUGUCUUGGAAGAAGACGAUUGCAUUUGUUUGGAGACGAUAGUACACUUCGGCCAGGAUGGUUAACCGUUGGCCCAAAUUUAACCAGCUCAAACUUUUCAAGCGAGACUUACAAAUCAUACUUUACUAACGGCUCAGAUGACUAUCUCGUCGGCUCAACAUCUGAAAUCGAGUCUCUACGGCCUAAAUCCCCGGUAGGAAAAAACAAGGGAGGUGAAAACUCCGGUAGGGGCGGAAACACACGUGGAGGUUCGAGAGGCGGAAUGUCCGGUAGGGGUGGACCUCGUGGUGGACUGCGAGGUGGUCCCGGAGGGCGUGGCAUGAAUAGAGGUGGUGGUUAUCAAGGGAAYGGGCGUGGCUUUCAACAAAGAAUGUAAUCUUUUGUAUCUAGUUGCUAUGGAAAUAUCUAUUGACGUCAUACCGUUGUAAAUAAUCGCUAUGGAAAURUCCACUGACGUCAUUUUAUUGUGGCAAGUUACUAUGGAAAUAUUCCUUGAURUCAMAUCUGUGAGYAGAUGCCACGGUCGAUUUAUCAGAGGUUUUGUAACUCACGCAAAUAAAACCUCGAUAUUACGAGCGCCCGUUUUGCAACUCAAACGUCAUAUGAAGGCUUUGAGCCCGUUAAAAACAACUAUUAUAUCUCAGUUAUCUCGGAUGAUKCAGUCAACAAUUUUCUUAAAAUUGUACAUUGAGUGUUCAACUUGGAAUUGAAUAAUUUAACUCAAAAUUUGAAAUGCUUUUAUUACUAUGCCUACUUGACUUACAAUUUAUCGCUGAUUUUUACCAAAAAACAAUUACAUCUAUGCUUUAAGCUACAUAUUUACUACAUUUGUAUUAAAAAUCAUAAAAURCGGAAGGAAUUUCUCCGUCCCACAAAUGGUCUUUUCGAAUUAUCGCUCAGUCCUCCUUCGC